AUGGCGGCCUACAAUCUCCCUGUGGAUAGUGUCCCGGGCACGGUACACCUCGUUGAUAUCGAGCAUACCAUGCACACACGACAUGCUGGAUCCGGAGACAAAGAUAUCGUUCUGGUCCCCACGCCCUCGAACGAUCCCGACGAUCCGUUGAACUGGUCACCCAAGCGGAAACUAAUGAAUACUGUAUCGGUCAACGUUUACACCCUGGUCGUUGGAAUUGCCAACUCGGUCGUCUACUCGGUGCUUGUGCCACUCUCAGAGGCUUCCGGCGUUUCCAUCAGCACCCUUAACCAGGGAACCGGGUACCUAUUCCUCCUCGCGGGGUGGGGCCUGCUCUUCUGGCAACCAUUUGCUCUGAGAUAUGGCAAGCGAUUGACAUACCUACUUUCGAUCUGCGGCACGAUAGGUUGUACCAUGUGGGGACCAUAUGCCCGCAGUAACGGAGAAUGGAUUGCGAAGAAUAUCCUCGGAGGCUUCUUCGCGGCACCCAUCGAAGCGCUUCCAGAAGUAUCAGUAACGGACCUCUACUUCCACCACCAGCGAGGCACGUACAUGGGUCUGUACGCUUUCUUCCUCGCUGGAAGCAACUACUUCGCCCCCGUCAUCUGCGGCUUCAUUGCAGACCGCCAAGGCUGGAAAUGGGUGUUCUACUGGCCCGCCAUAUUUCUCGGCGUCGGUCUUAUAUGGUGCUUUUUCUUCCUGGAAGAGUCCAACUACAAGCGCGCGACCGUUGGAGUCGUGGAAACCACCAGCGGCAGCCAGACUCCCACGUCUGUCACCGUGGCCGAGAAAACCGGAGAGAAACUGCCAGAGGUCACGAAGGAGCCCGCCACCGUUGAAAGUGGAACUAUAACCUACGGAACCAACAAGACGUAUCUGCAAAGGCUCUCCCUGUGGCAGCCGUCAAAAGGAGAGAACAUGCUGCCACGGGCUAUCAGGUCCCUGAAAUACCUAGGCUGGCCUGUAAUCUUUUAUGCCGGAUUCAGCUACGGCAGUUACCUUAUUUGGUUUAACGUGCUCAACGCCACUGCAAGUAUUAUCCUCGGAGGCCCGCCGUACAACUUCAAAGCCUCAAUGGUCGGCCUCUCGUACCUUUCCACGUGUAUCGGCGUUUGUGUGGGAAGCUACUUCACAGGUCGAUUCAGCGACUGGCUCACCAUCAGACUCGCUCGACGCAACAACGGCAUCAUGGAACCAGAACAGCGGCUCUGGCCGUUCGCCGCGUGUAUCAUUGUCGUCCCCGCAUCUCUUAUCCUCUGGGGCGUGGGAGCUGCUCAGAAAGUUCAUUGGUUUGGCCUAGUAUUCGCCAUGGGGACCCUAGCUGGCUCGACCGUGUUUGGCAUCACCCUGAGCGUCAACUACCUUGUCGAUACUUAUCAUGAGAUUAGCGGCGACGCGAUGACUACGGUCAUGCUCGUGCGCAACACUAUGUCCUUCGCGAUCGGAUACGGCAUUACUCCCUGGCUCGAUAAUCUCGGCCUCCAAGACUGCUUCAUCUCGGCUGCCUUCGUCGGCAUGGCGGCUUCUUCGGUCUUCCUGGUCAUGAUUUUCUACGGCAAGAAGUUCCGGGAGCGUAGCCGAGUCAAGUACUGGAACCUGGUGGCCGAACUGAUGGCAAAGGGAGAUGCGAGCAUCUGA